AAUUUCCAGAAACUAACUUUCCAAGAAAAUAUUGAAAUGGGUUUGUCACUUCUACCUACUGGCGUCAACCCUGCCACCGCACUAGUGGUAAAAAUACCAAUUGCAAUAAGAUUAGCAUUAAUGACAAUUAAAUCAAAGACUUUAUCAAAAUAA